AUGUCAACUCGAGCUGCAAAAUACGUCUCAGUCGCCCCAGGAACAAAUGGAAAGAAACGAAAACUAGCGCACGAACCAGGGUCUCCUCGCCGGAAGAAACUUCGAACGGUCCAAGGCCCGUUGAACCGACUUUCUACUUUACGUUCCAACGCCCCAUCUGCCUUGUUCGUUCAUGGAGGAGGAGAAUCUGGACAGCUUGGGCUUGGACCGGACGUUCUAGAUGAAAUUCCUCGACCCAGACAUCACCCAAAGUUCGAGAAACUAGGUGUGGGUAUUCAAUGUAUGGCGGCGGGCGGAAUGCAUUCUUUGCUCGUUGAUUCGAAGGGCCGGGUUUGGUCAUGGGGCGCUAACGAUGAAUUUGCUCUGGGUCGUGAAACGGAGGGUGUGGCAGGCACAGAUGCUGAUGAGCUGGAAUCGACGCCGGCUAUUGUCAGUGGCCUUGAUGACUUCACUGCUGUCUCUGCAUCUGCGGGUGACUGUAUUAGUGUUGUCAUCAGCACAGAGGGUCAAUUGCGUGCUUGGGGAGCCUUUAGGACAGAAGAUGGCUUACUGAGCUUCGACGGCGACCCUUCUCAUCCCUCAAAAAUAGCCCAGCCGCAGUCCUAUUCCUGGCUCUCCGAGGAAACGAUCUGUCAGGUCAAAUGUGGUGCCAGCCAUGUUCUAGCGCUCACUACUGACGGGCACGUCUUUACAUGGGGAUUUGGCAAGCAUGGAGAACUCGCACGUAAAGAGCAACACCAUACUUCAACUCUAAAGCCAGAGCGGCUCUCUUUGCGUAAUAUUGUCACUAUUGGAGCCGGGAGUCACCAGUCGUUUGCGGUGGAUUCAGAAGGCUCGGUAUACGGUUGGGGAUUGAACCAUAUGCAUCAGCUGGGGUUAAGGCCCGAACGAGUUGGACCAGACACGAGCGUCUCUGUCCCGACGCUCAUUGAUUCGCUGCAUCCCAGCUUGCAUGGCGGUGCCCGGGUGAUUGCAAUAGAGUGUGGUGAAUUCCAUACCAUAUUUCUGUUCGAUAAUGGUGAGGUUUAUGGAUGUGGACGAUGCGACGAAUACGCCGUUGGGCUUGCAAAUGACCAUCCCGCCAUGAUAAAUGCUCUACAGAAAUACGAAGAAGAACUUCCGUCGCUCCGAGAGGAGCUAUCAAAGAAGUAUGGGUGUCCUAUCGAUGAUCCCCAGCUGAAACGUCCAGUCGUUGACCUGCACAUUCGUGAACCUGUCCGGAUAGCAUUUCCCCCGCCGCCAACCGACGAAGAGCCUGCACCCACGCUCCCCCCCUUCGAUCACGAGUAUUCAUCGACGAAGAUUGCAACCAUCUCUGCUGGACUCAGAUACAGCUUGGCGUGCUCGACAGAAGGAAUGCUGUACGCAUGGGGCGUAGGCAGCACUGCGCAAUUGGGGUUGGGUAAAGAAGAGACUGCCGAGACACCGACGAGGGUGCGUAGUAAGGAACUGAAGGAAUAUUCAGCUGUCAAUGUGGAUGCCGGAGGUCAGCAUGCACUUGUGAGUGCAACCCGGGCAGGUUUCGCCGCAGCCGCCGCUUCUUAA